UUAGUCCUGGCGCCAUCUUGGCAACUCACUUUUCUUCAUGGAAAGGGAAGCUUCCUUUUCCGUUUUGCUCUGACCCAGAAUCAAAAUGGUGCAGCGGCUAACCUAUCGACGACGUUUGUCGUACAACACCAAGAGCAACAGGAGACGCGUUGUACGCACUCCUGGUGGCAAACUUGUUUAUCAGUACCUUAAGAAGCCCAAGAAGAUCCCAAGAUGCGGUCAGUGCAAAGACAAACUCAGGGGUAUUCAGCCGGCGAGGCCGAUGGAACGAUCUAGAAUGUGCAAACGUAAGAAGACCGUAAAGAGAGUUUACGGUGGAGUUUUGUGCCACAAGUGCGUCAAGGAAAGGAUCGUUCGUGCCUUCCUCAUUGAAGAACAAAAGAUUGUCGUGAAGGUGCUGAGAGCACAACAGGCUUCUUCAAAGACAAAGAAGGCUGACAAGUAAACAACGAACCUCCUGUAAUUAAUAAAAUAAAACUUGAAAAAAAAUGGUA